UAUAUAACGUGACACAUAAGAAAGUGUAACACACAAAAAAAUGUGGGUGUUCUAUCUGUUCUCAUUACCUCUGACUAUUGGCAUGGUGAUUAUUACCUUGAGUUAUUUCUCUGGACCUGAUGUGCCCAAAUAUGUGUUCUCCACCGUUGCAUAUACCUGGUUCUGCUCCCUCUCCAUCAUCAUCCUUGUCCCUGCUGACAUAUGGACGACAUUAAAUGGUCACGAAAAUGGAGCGAUUUCCUUCUUAUGGAGUUUGUCAUACUGGAGUACCUUCUUACUUACAUGGGCUGUGGUUCCCACUAUUCAGGGUUAUGAAGAUGCUGGAGACUUCACAGUGAAAGCGAGAUUGAGGACCAGCUUACAUGGAAACCUUGUUUUCUAUCUGUCUCUUGGUUCUGUAGCACUCUUUGGAUUGAUAUUACUAGUUGUUUUACACAAAGAUUAUUGGAGUGGUAAUAUUAUGGGUUUUGCCAUGGCUUGCUCUAAUACAUUUGGACUGGUUACCGGUGCAUUUCUACUUGGAUUUGGUUUGAGUGAAAUUCCAAAGGGAAUUUGGUUAAAUGCAGAUUGGACCAUUCAGCAAAAAUUUCUUUCCCACAAAGUUGCAAAAAUGGCCGUCAAAUUAGAUGAUGCUCAUCAAGAUUUUUCAAAUGCUAUUGUUAUCACACAAGCAACAUCAAAGCAGAUGUCCAAGCGGGAUUCUUUGAGACCCUACAUGAAUAUAAUUGACAAAAUGUUGCUUCAUAUGUUGAAAGAAGACCCAUCCUUCAAACCACAGGGUGGGAGACUAGGAGAAAGUGACAUGGAUUAUGAUACAGAUUUGAAAUCUAUGGCAGCACUAAGACGUCGUCUUAAAAGAGCUCAGGAGCAAUAUUAUCGAUAUAGAAGUGAAUAUACCAAAUUUGUCCUAGAAGCCCUUGAGCUGGAGGACACCAUAAAGAACUAUGAGCGUCGUGAUUCUACAGGAUGGAAAUAUGUUUCCUGCUUGAGGCCUGAACGCAUAGGCAAAGUAGGUGCACUUUUGGAUACAAUUGGUUCACAUGAGCUUCUAUGGCGAUGUAUAUUAAGGAAACAGCUUCAGAAAUCAUUGGCUAUUAUAUUGGGCUGCAUGUCAUUUGCAAUUCUAUUAGCAGAGGCUACCAUACUACCCAGUGGUGUUGAUUUAUCUCUCUUCUCUAUCCUAAUACAUGCUGCAGGAAACCAAGAGAUGCUUGUGCAGUUAGCUGCUUCCAUCCCCUUGAUGUAUAUGUGUAUUUGUACAUAUUAUUCCUUGUUUAAAAUGGGAAUGAUGAUGUUUUACUCACUGACACCUAGACAAACAAGCUCAGUAAGCUUGCUCAUGAUAUGCUCGAUGGUUGCAAGAUAUGCAGCACCAAUUUCGUACAACUUUCUCAAUCUCAUUAAUCUUGGUGGGGAUGCGAGAACCAUUUUUGAAAAAAGGAUGGGAAACAUUGAUGAUGCUGUUCCUUUUUUUGGGAAUGGAUUCAACAAAAUUUACCCCCUCAUAAUGGUUAUAUACACUUCACUAAUAGCAGGCAAUUUUUUUAACCGGGUCAUCAAGUAUUGUGGAAAUUGGAAAUUAUUCAAGUUUAAUGAUGAUGCAGAAGAUAUGGAUGGAUUUGACUCAUCUGGAGUAAUAAUCUUGCAGAAAGAGCGUUCUCUUCUCCAGCAAGGGCACAAAGUUGGUGAACUUGUUUUCCCUUUAGCAAGGAGUUUCAGCAUGGACGUUGAGUCCACCAGCAAUACUACGGUUCUGGAUGAGAGUGCCAGGGAACUUAACACUACCAAUAUAGUGGAGGCCAAAAAUGAAGGCACUAAUAGUGACAUUAGUAGAAAAAUCGGCAGCAAAAAGUAUGCAGCCUUAAGGACAGACCUGAAUGAACGAGUGUCCAGCAAAGAUUCUUCCCUGGAAAGAGUUUCUUCCUCUUUGACAAAUGAUGUUAAUGAUUCUGAGGACAUUAAUUCAGCACCAUCAUCUGCAUUAGCCUCAAAAUGGGAAUCAAUGAUGCAUGGAUUUAGAAGUUUAAGAUCUAACAUUGACUCCAAGAGAUUCUUUCCUCUUGAUAAUGUUCAGGAAUCCACUCUAAAAUCACACUCUUCAUUUGAAUCCCUUGAUGAAAUAUUUGAGAGAUUGAAACAUCCACCUUCAGAUUAUAGAGAUUCUGGUAACUAA